ACCCUUGUUUUGGAAUCCCCGAGCCGACAAGGUAGAAAUCUGUCGUUCUGCCCCUGAGCAAGGCAGUUAACCCUCAACAAAAACUGCUCCCCGGGUGCCAAUGACAUGGAUGUCCACCAACAUAUUUUACAGUAGGGGUGUCAGAGUUUGAAUAUGUCGUGGAUAAGGGAAGGUGAAUUGAACCUCAUUGAGAAGCUCUCAGCCAACAUACUGAAGGCUGGCCCGAUGCCCAAACAUGUGGCCUUUAUCAUGGAUGGCAACCGGCGCUACGCCCGCAAGCGUCAGGUGGAGCGCCAGGAGGGACACACACAGGGUUUUGACAAACUGGCAGAGACACUACGCUGGUGCCUGAACCUGAACAUCCAUGAGGUCACAGUGUACGCCUUCAGCAUCGAGAACUUCAAGCGGUCUAAAGACGAGGUGGACGGCCUGAUGGAGCUGGCCAAGCAGAAGUUCAUCAGACUGCUAGAUGAACAGGAGAAUCUGGAGAAGCAUGGGGUGUGCAUCCGGGUGCUGGGAGACCUGACUCUACUGCCUCUGGACCUGCAGCAGCACAUAGCCCGGGCUGUGGUGGCUACCAGGACUCAUAACAAAUGCUUUCUGAAUGUGUGCUUUGCCUACACCUCAAGACAUGAAAUCGCUAAUGCCGUCAGAGAGAUGGCUUGGGGCGUGGAGCAGGGACUUAUCAAAUCCAGUGAUGUGUCGGAGGCCCUGCUGAGUCAGUGUCUGUACAGCAGUAACUCUCCCAAUCCUGACCUGCUCAUUCGCACGUCUGGAGAGGUGCGACUCAGUGACUUCCUGCUGUGGCAGACGUCCCACUCCUGCUUAGUGUUCCAGUCAGUCCUGUGGCCAGAGUACUCCUUCUGGAACCUGUGUGAUGCCAUUCUGCAGUAUCAGCUCAAUCACAGACCUCUUCAGAAAGCCAGAGAUCAACACAGAGAGGGACAGACCCUACAGCAGCAUGAGGCAGACCGGGCCGGUGUAGCAGACCUCCUACAGCACAACGGCAAUGGAAAGCCCCUGGAUGCCCAGAAGAGACAGGAAGCACUGCUAAACUACACUGCCAGCCGAGAGGAACGGGUUCAGGACUUCCUUGGUGCACUCCAGCACAAGAGAGACUCCUUCCUUACUGACUUAACCAGCCAAGCUGCUCUCGCAUAAAGAGGGAAUGAGGGGAACACAAUGCUCCCCAUCUUGAAUUGGGGGAGCAAUCCAAUCUCUCCUCUUCCCUAAAGGGCUGAGUGGUUUGAAACUUCUUAUUUUGUAUGAGUGAUUUUACCCCUAUGGGGCUGUAUGUGGGAUAUUUAUGUGUGUAGUCUAAAAGAGAAGUCUGAUCAAAGUCUAAUAAAAAGAUACGUCUGGUCAAUAGCUAA